GUCCGGGCCAUGUCGGAGGGGGGCGCGGCCCCCGGCCCCCGCGUCUACUUCCAGAGCGGCCCGGGCCCGGGCGGCGCCGAGGCCGAGGACGAGGGCCCGGGCCGCCGCCAGGGCAAGGUCACCGUCAAGUACGACCGCAAGGAGCUGCGCAAGAGGCUCAACCUGGAGGAGUGGAUCCUCCACCAGCUCACCGGACUCUACGACUGCCAGGAAGAGGAAAUUCCAGAGCUGGAGAUCGAUGUGGAUGAGCUUCUAGACAUGGAGAGCGACACCGCCCGGGCCUCCCGAGUCAAGGAGCUGUUGGUUGACUGUUACAAACCCACUGAGGCCUUCGUCUCUGACCUGCUGGACAAGAUCCGGGGGAUGCAAAAGCUGAGCACACCCCAGAAGAAAUGAGGGCACCUCACCCCCUUCUCACUCCCCCUCCCCAUCUCCUCCCAGCAGGGUGAAGCGGGGGGAGGGAGGGGGUCACCUCCUGGACAAUCGCUGCCCGCAGACCUCACAACAGCAAUACCCGGGCCCCCCCCCCCACAACGGUCAGGCCUGGUGCCUGCCGGGCUCCCCGUGCCCUUCCUGGCUGGGGGGGGGGGCCUCAUCCUCUCUCUCCCUCCCUCCCCCACCCCCUGUGUUUCCGUUCGGGGUUUUUUAUUGUUAUUGAUGGGACUUUUUUGUGUUUUUAUAUUGACGCUGCGGGGCAGGCCCGUUAAUAAAAACAGGCCAUGCCUUUUGUGCA